AUGUUUUGGAGCGGUGAGAGGAAAGCAUUUGAGCAGUCAUUGGGCAGACCUGCUCGUUCUGAGGAUGUUGUGGGUGUCCUUUGCAGAUUAGCACCUACGGAGCUACCGGAGGACCAGCCAACAAGGAGGAGACUAGUGUCGGCAGUCAACUGGAGGAGGGAGCUGUUUACACAAAUGGUGGAGGAGAUAAUGGGCCGCAAGGAGGAACUAGAAAGGGAGCGGCAGCGUGCCGGUGAUCAAGGUGCUCAAAAGCUCAACAUAACUAAUUAG